CCACCAUGGGCCGCGACAUCGCCCAGCCACCCAAAGCUCCCAAUACACGCCGCCGCCGCCCGACGAAACAGGUCAUAAAUCUCGGUGACCGGCAAACGGGGGCAAGAUGCAGAUCUUCGUGAAGACGCUGACGGGGAAGACGAUCACGCUGGAGGUGGAGUCGUCGGACACGAUCGACAACGUCAAGGCCAAGAUCCAGGACAAGGAGGGGAUCCCGCCGGACCAGCAGCGGCUCAUCUUCGCCGGGAAGCAGCUGGAGGACGGGCGCACGCUGGCCGACUACAACAUCCAGAAGGAGUCGACGCUGCACCUGGUGCUCCGCCUCCGCGGCGGCGCCAAGAAGCGCAAGAAGAAGACCUACUCCACGCCCAAGAAGGUCAAGCACGAGCGCGAGAAGACCCCGCUCGCCGUGCUGGGCUACUACAGGGUGGACGACGCGACGGGCAAGGUGGAGAGGCUGCGCAAGGAGUGCCCCAACCCGGACUGCGGCGCCGGGACCUUCAUGGCGGCGCACGCCGACCGCCACGCCUGCGGCAAGUGCGGCCUCACCUACGCCUACGCCGAGGCCCAGAGCCCAGAGAUCGACAGUGAUUGAUCAGGUGGUGUGAUCAGUGACGGAGUUGGAUUAGCGCCAUGGAUUCAGUGUACGUCUGGCAAGGAAUUUUUCAAUGGGUACCUGUGCUUAGAACAAUCAUUCUGGAUAUUUUUCUCAAUUACUUCCUCUGUCCUACUGUACUUAUAAUAUAUAAGAUCCUCUGUCCUACUACAGUAUAAUAUAAGAUGCCAACGAUACUCGUAAA